AUGGCGACACAGACAAGGGGGCGGUCUAGCCGGCGUCGUACCACAAUACGCAGGUAUACCGAUGAUGCUUUUGAAGAGGCUGACUUGGACCCAGAAAAAUCUGCAUCAGAGAGAGAACUUGACAGGGAAAAUGCAUCGGAUGAGGACUUCUUAGAAGAAGAGAAUGGGCGGUGCACAGCGGAGGAUGAAGCAGUUGAUGAUUUCGAUGAAGCUGGCUCAGUGGCAGGAUCGAAUGUUAAUAUCCAAAAAGGAAUGCGGCGGAAGGACCACCCACGGGAGAGCCGGAAUGCGGUGCAUUCUCGAGGCCUGAUUAAGCCAGCCGAACACACUUCAAAGCCCACACAUAUCAAAUUAACCUUUGGGUCUGGUGCUGAGGAUAUUCUUCCAGCCGUAUAUGUACGAGACCACUGGGCAUCUGGAAGAGAUUCUACCUUUCCCAGUGCCAAAAGUCUUCGUGCAGCGCAUGAUGACUCUUUGUAUGGAAUUGGCGCCUCAUUUUGCCAUGAUAGUGCGAAAAUACUAAUAGAGUCAACAAAGGCCUGGGAUUGGUACUAUGAAAAUACAGUUGGGGGUAGUCUGCUACAACGGCAAAAGGUCCAGGUUCUAGAUGGCAGUGAAGGGCUAAAAUAUGUCCCCAAAGAAAAACACACGAAGCAUACGGUUCUGACGGGUCCGUUUGGGAAGCAAAAAGCAUUCCACCUAGGUAACAAUGAAUCAUUUGAUUUCGGAUUAGCCUGGGAAAAGUUGGAAUUAAAAGAUGGUAAACGAGGGCGGCCGAAAAAACAUGCUAAAGUAUCCACUCAUUCCGCCAUCCCGGAAGAAAGUCGCAAUGGCGGCUCUUCUAUGGCCGAGGAAGGUGGGCGGAUUCGCGAGGGCUGGAUCAUCAACUUGGGGAACAAGAUACAAUGCAUUGCAUGGGCGCCUAAUCAUCCAGGAACAACCCAAUAUCUUGCAGUUGCAGUUCCUCUCCUGGAAUCCCAAAAGACCGCAGCGGGCGAUGAAAAGGUUACCGGGGCGCCUGCGUUCACACCCUCCCCACCAUAUCCUGCAGCAAUCCAGAUAUGGUCCUUUGAGGCAAAAAAGGAGACUGCAAUCCCUCAAACCCUGGAUAUGAGUGUUAAGCCAAAAUUGCGCUUAGUUAUAUGCUCGGACUUCGGUGACGUGAGACGCCUUGAAUGGUGCCCUAUGCCACGGAAAUUUCGUCCAGCGGAUACCUCUGAGGAGGAAGUCAACAUCGGCCUCCUAGCAGGAAUUUGGGGUGACGGAAGUGUCAAAGUUUUAGACGUCCGUCUCCGAAAACCCCCCCCCGAAACCCAAUGGAUUAAAAUCAACGCUCCUAUGUUUCAAGCAAAGCCUCCGUCCUCAAUGUGCACUUGUCUUACCUGGUUAUCCCCAAGUGAUCUGGCAAUUGGAUGCUCCGAUGGAUUUGUUGGAGUUUGGAGUCUCAUUAUGGCCAGCAAAGACUUUCAACGGUAUUCGGCGCCCUAUAUAUUUGCACCAAUUCAUACUUCCUACGUUCUGCAAAUCGUCGCGGCCUACCCAGCUCACCCGCAUUUACUUGGCUGUAGUUGCAUUGAUGGUCAGAUGAAAAUGUUUUCUCUUCUCGAUCCUCUGGUUGAUAUUGUUGAGGGGGUUAGAAUGCGAAUGGGCACGGCAAACCUGUCGUACUCACCGAUGUUUCAAGCAUUUGUGACAACAGAUGAGGCCGACUUUGUUCGUCUGCUGCCAGCUCGUCGUUUCUUUUCAACAAUAUCAGCGCUUCGUUCUACUUCCAGCACUACUACAUUGGCACCCUGCAGCCCUUGCCACCCCUCUAUCCUUGUUGGCAACGCGGGAGGUGUGGUUAUGGCGACCAACCCACUAAGGAGGCUGCUGAAUUCAAAGAACAAACAUUUUCAGCAGACCUGGUUCUCUCAUGAAUGGGUGCAUGCUAAAGAUGAUCCACACGAUGAAAGGCUCGGGGCCAGCAGAUUCUAUGAUGGCUACAAAGCGGAGAGCGUAAAUUUGUUGAGGAGCGCAACUCAAGGAGGCCUAGCAAACAACGUCAUUAUUGUAUACGAAAACGAGACUGCCGUUACUGCCAUUGCCUGCAAUCCCAACGAACAGUGUGCCGGAUGGGCAUGCGCAGGAACAGGGUGUGGGUUGCUUCGAGUGGAAGAUCUGGCUCUUCGGCCACUGGCCUAG